AUGUCAACGGAUCCGCCGACCGCGGACGUCCCUCAGGCCGAGGGGCCAACCAUCACCGACGCCAAAGAUACAAGCGCCCGACGAGCUUCCGGUGCCGCCAGGCGGUCGCGUCGUAAGACGGGUGACGACCCUGACACAAAGACCAAGAAGGACAAGGAACCCAAGGAAAAACCGGCCCGUGCCCCUCGUCGUCCCCGAGAGAAAUCAACGACAAAUACGAACUCACGGAAGAAACCCAAGCUGGAUCCUGCGCAACAAACUACUGGGGCUACUCCGGACGCCCCAGCCCCGUCGGCACCCCAAUCUCAGCAGUCUCCUCAGCAAGCUCAACCUGCUCAACCUAACCAAACUACUCAAUCUGUCCAACCCGCCCAAUCCGCUCCUUCUCAGCCUUCCCCGUCUUUAUAUUCUCAAAGUCCACACCCUCCAUCAGCCUCCGGAAGUAUAUAUCAGUUGUCACAGCCACUACAGCCCCCACGUCCGCAAUCUCAAACCCCAGUAUCCCAACCUUCGCAACCACAACGGACAAGCGGACAGAAUUUCGACCCGAUUCGCUCUGCGUUCGAUAAUCCCUCUCCAGCUCCUGCAUAUAGCCCCCCUGCUCGCGCAUUGUCCCCACGCAAUACCUACCGUGCCAGCGCAUCGCCUGCGAUUUCGAGCAUCAUCGACCCGCCGACACAAAACCAGCAUGUCUACACCCCCCUUCAACGCUCUUCCUCCGGACAUGCUUCCGGUGUCGCCUCGCCGGCGGCGCCUGCAAUAGCCCCGACACCCUCCCACCCAUCAUUAGCUCCGUCGCCUCUUCCCGCCUCAUCUCCUUCCCAUGGGGCCUUGCACACCCCACAACCUUUGGCGCAUGCCAAUCGCUAUACUACGCCAUACCCCCCUACCGAGCAGCGACCGACUCCCUCCCAAACACCAGUCCUGGAACUGUCACCCCCGGCGAUGCGCCAGCCUCAACACCCCGCACAACCCGAGGCUGCUGCACAACCAACACCGCAAAAGCAGCAAGCCGAGGCAAUGGAUGUCGACACAAAGCCGCAGCCAAAGGAGCAGUCAGCCCCGAGUAUCAAAAAAGAGAAGGGUGCAGCUACACCUACCUCCAAAGCCUCGUCUCCCAAGCCUGCUCGGCCUGCUAAGGAAACCCCUCACCUGCCCCAGGGCUCCGGGUUGAUCACCAAUGCGUUGUUCGGCGGAGCGGAAGAAGCGGCGAAAUCUCCGGACUCGCGAACUACCCCCAACAUCAUAGUCCACGUCCCACUGAACAAGGGCAAUCAGAUCGUCAACUUUGCUCGGCUUGCGGAGGAGCAGUACGGGUUUGCUGCUCUGCACCCCCGUCUAGCAGCCCACAAAGCACGUCUGGCCCGAGUUGCGGCUGCAGGAGCUGCACUGGAAAAGAAUGACAAAAGCGCGAAGGGAAUCUCCGCGGGCGAGAGCGCCGACGAGGAUCUGAGUAUGGACGCCGGCGGUGAUAGCGAUGUGGAUGGGGAUGUUGCCAUGGGCGGCACCGGCGCAGGAACCAAUGGCGCACCAUCCGAGGCAAGCGAUGGAAAGAAAAAGCGCCGCAAGAAGGUCGAAGAAUACGACCGCGAUGACCCAUUCGUUGACGACAGUGAAAUGGUGUGGCAAGAGCAGGCUGCUGCUAGUAAAGACGGCUUUUUCGUCUACAGUGGGCCAUUGGUUCCAGAAGGAGAGAAGAUUUCAGUAGAAAGAGCCGAUGGUACUAUCAAGCGCGGUCGUGGACGUGGACGAGGAACAGGCCGUGGACGGUCAUUGGCCUCACAUCCUCAUGUCCCAAUUGCCGCCGCUGUGCCGAUAUCACAAGAUACAGGCUUGCCAUUGCGAGGACCUGGUUCUCGGGGUGGCACAUCACGCCGCGCACGCGGCGCUAAAAAGACCGAAGGCGACAAGCACACUACUGAGCGUAACGGUACAACUGCUUCCGCGGCCCACGAGGGGCGUGGUGGACGUGGCGGUGCUUCAGGAUCCGGUCGUGGUGGCGGUAACAGCACACGCGGUGGGAAAGUCUCGUCUGCAGCCACAGCCACAGCCCCGACUUCAGCUUCCACACCGGCAUCUACACCAGACGUCGCCCCUACACCAUCAACUCCGGGUAUGACGUCUGCACCUCCUGGUCCCAGUCCCUUGGCUGGUCCGGAAUUGAUGAUGAAAUAG